UGAAUUUCAUCUCUAGUCUACGACCAUGAAAUGGCAUCCCUUCUUUUACUGAUACAUCUCCUUCCACCAUCACCAGGAGGACUGAAGUCUCCAAAAAUCAGUGCAUGUGAUGCUGCUGAAAGACUUGUAAUCUUUCAUAAGUCAUGCUGCAGUUUGGAGGAGCACCUCAACAACAUCCAGCAUCAGCAUCCGUACCUCCUUGCUGUUGGACGCCAGAAAAGCAAGAUUGAGGGCUUCUACAUCAUCUUGGAUAAGCAUCUCAUCCCAUGCCAGGCAAACCGCUCCCUUGGAGCAUUUGAUGAACUUUUCAAGGCACAUUUUGUGUUCAAUUUGUCCUAUGAUAGUGCACUUCUAAACUUUUACACAUUCCUGCAGACAACAGUGUAUAACAUUGAUGUAGGUCAAAUGAAGGAGUCUCCCAGGGUUAGAGAUUUGAGAGCCAGACUGCUCAACCAGACCGUAACCUUAACUUAAAGUCGGGUAGUAUGAUGUUGACAGAAUGCUGAUCUGUUUUAUUUGUCAAAAAGAGCACCCAGACAGUCAACAGUUGAUUUCCCAUUUAAGAGGUGAACAUAGUUAUUAUCCUGGAUCUAAGUUCAAAUUAAUUUGUUCUCAGCAAGGUUGUAGGCAUCAGUUCCAAACAUAUGCAGGUUUUCGUAAGCACCUUAAUAGUGUUCAUAGCAGCAUUCAGCUGAUUGCUCCAACUUCAACUGUUGGAUGUUCCUCAAGUGAGCCAGUUGCAAGCUCAUCUCAUGCUUUGGAGGACCUUAUGAAUCCCCAGCAUUUAUCUCCUUGUUCCAGUGGUUUAUCUGAUAACAAUGAUUCAGGGCUUACUAAAAAUUCAACUAAAGAAUUGUGUGAUUCCAUUGUGGCCAAAAUACAAGCAAGUGGGAUUCCAAACAGUUUGGUGUCCUCAAUUGUGGGAGAUUUAGAGGAGCUAACAGAUGAGCUUAACUCUCAGGCUAAGCAUAACAUACUUUCUGCUUUGCCUACAAAUGACCCCUACAAAACUGUAAUAAAUGAAUCUUUUGAAAAAUUAGAAAACCCAUUCACAAAUCUGAAUACAGAAUGGAAACGUAAUAAAUACUUUAAAGAAAAAUGGGGAGUUGUAGAGCCCAUUGAGAUAACACUAGGUGUGCGGUAUGACAACAAAUUGAAUAAGAAAUCUGGUACUUAUGACCAAGUUCCAGUGAAUGAUACUUUUAUAUAUGUGCCAAUUUUAGAAACGUUGAAAUUCAUGUGCAGAAAUCCAGACAUUUGUGACCUCCUAAGGAAAGAUUGUAGAUCAGAGCCUGACACUUUUACAGAUUUUAGCGAUGGAAGUUAUUUUAAAUCCCACCCUUUAUUUACAACAAAAAGACAUGCAUUACAAAUUCAAAUAUACUAUGAUGAUUUUGAAACCGCUAACCCCCUUGGCUCCAAACGUAGUAUCCACAAAAUUGGCUGCCUUUAUUUUAUUGUAAGAAACUUGCCCCCAAAAUUUAACUCAGUUCUGAUGAACAUUCAUUUGUUAGCACUUUUUCACACACAAGACGUAAGCAAGUACGGUUUUGAUGUUAUACUGGAUCCGUUGAUAAAUGAUAUAAAGAUACUUGAAAGCCAAGGAUUAAGUCUCCCAUUCUCAGAUGAGCAGAUAUACGGCACCAUCGCACAAAUCACUGGUGAUAAUCUAGGAAUGCAUUCAAUUCUUGGUUUUAAUGAGUCAUUUAAUAGCCAUCAUUUCUGUCGCCUUUGUUUAAUUGAAAAGAAUGAUUCUCAAACAGUAUACAGUGAGGAUGAUCCUAAGGUGGUCCUUCGUGCACAAGAAAUCUUUGAAAUACAUUGCAAGUCUCUCCAGGAAAACCCACAAUUGAGGUCACUAUAUGGUUUGAAAAAAAAAUCCAUAAUUAAUACACUGAAAUACUUUCAUGUUAGCAAUAACUACUCAUUUGAUAUAAUGCAUGACCUUCUUGAGGGCGUGGUUCAAUAUGAAAUCAAAUUGCUUUUUGGACAUCUCAAACAAAACUUUAUAUCUGAAGAGGAUUUACUUUCAAGGAUUUAUUCUUUUGAUUAUGGAUUUUUAGAACGAAAAAAUCGUCCCACAAAGGUUAUUUUGGAUAGUGCUGGUAAUAGCAUUGGUUUAAAUUCCAUUCAGACAUUAUGUCUUGUGAAAAAUCUCCCACUUUUGUUUGGAGACAUUGUUCCUCCAGGACACAAACACUGGAGUUUGUUGCUUAUGUUACUUCAAAUAAUGAACAUUGUGUUUUCACCUUGUCUCACUUCAGGUUUGACAGUGUAUUUGAAGCACUUGAUUGCUGACCAUCACAAACUAUUCAAGUACUUGUAUCCUCAUAAAAAUUUGAUUCCUAAACAUCAUUACAUGAUACAUUACCCUUCUUCUAUAAGGAAAAUUGGCCCCUUGUUAUAUAUGUGGUCAAUGAGGUUCGAAGCCAAACAUAAGAUGUUCAAAGAUUUUUUUAAAAAUUUCAAAAACAUAACAAAAUCAUUAGCUAAAAAGCAUCAGAUGGCCAUUGCGUACCAUUGGGAAACAUUCACCCUCAAACAUAAUGAGUUUGGGCCAAUUAAACCAUUUUCCAUAGGGAAUGAGGUCAGCAAUCAAAUGCUUGAAAUCUGUGAACUGGAGGUCAAAGAUUUCUUCAUUGCCCCCUGGGUUUACAUCUUUUGA